UUGAUUGUCGACAUCUCGUCUCAGAGGUUGUUCACAUACCUGAAUGGCCGUAGCUCGUAGUAUCCGAGAAUGGACCGUUCAGCAGCUCACAUUCAAGCUGACAAGUCAGUGUCGCUUCUGUAUCGGUGGUGGUAGGUCGUGUUUUUUUGUCGAAUUUUUCUACGAAACCGGCGUCCGCGUGUGUUUCGCUAUCGAAAGUGAUUUAGUAUAGAAUGAAUACAUUUUUUAAUCUUGCCAAGUGAAGUUUAAAAACAUGUGCGUUUAAUUAGUUGUGUCACCGUAGUUCGCUCGCUUUUGGAUUGACUGAGAUAAACACCAGUGAAGAUGUGGUCAGGCAAGAAGUGUUCAGAGACUGGUUCAGCGGGAACCCCCACCGCUGAGGAGGAGAUCAAAGUGGUACUGGUUGGAGACACACAGUGCGGGAAGACCACUCUUGUUCAGAGAUUUGUCACCGACACUUUUAUUGAGGCGUACACACCGACCGGUUUCGAAAAGUAUGGCUACACAUGCACCGUAGCCGACUAUAGAGUGAACUUCUCAGUUUGGGACACAUCGGGUACCACAGCAUACGACACGGUGCGCCCCCUAGCGUACCAGGACGCGAGGAUUUUCAUGCUGUGCUUCAACAUAGCUGAACCGGACUCACUACAUAACGCAGCGGCCAAGUGGUACAGAGAAGUGCGUACACACGGCGGCGCGGCGCCGGUCCUGCUCUGCGGCUGCAAGGCGGACCUGAGGCAUGAGAAGGAAACCCUCACUCUCCUCUCCAAGCUCAAGACGCAUCCUGUCACUAGUGAAGAGGCUCUGUCAGUAGCACGACAAUUAGGCGCAACCACAUACGUAGAGACGUCAGCGAGAGCUUCCAGCAAAGGAGUCAGGGAUGCCUUUGAGGUGGCUGCUUUGGCGGCUCUGGGAAAACUGAAUAAGCAGCAAAUGAAACAGCAGAAGCAAGUGGGACGCAGCAAAAGCAAACGCGACUUGAAAGCCGAGCUGAAAGGGCGGGCGAAGAGCUGCUGCGUCAUGUGAUCCGUAGCCGGCCACCCUUCGCGGUGGCCGCACGAUUGCUAAGUGACCACCGCCUUUCCAGAAAGUUCUGCAAGCUCAUACAAAAGAAAAAUUCCAGCUCUUGGAAUUUUACUAAAACGGAAUAUUUCUGGGCCUAAAAUAGUGCCCUGAGUGACUCCCGACUCCAAAUUUGUCCUUAUUAUGAUGUGGAGAAAUAAAUACAUUGACUUAAUUACGCUAUUGUCCGACGUAAUGCAAAAGUGAUUUAGAAAUACUAAGACAUUUCACGAUUCUGAAGAUGAGUGAUAACAUGGUUGAAAGCCUCGUAAAAGUCAAGGUUACUAGGAAAAUAAAGAAUAAGUUUUAGAUUUAAAUGGAAGUGGAACCGAGUUCGUUUCAAAACGUAUUAUGGACUUCCUGUCGAAGGUAUCAGUGAAACUAAGGUGCGAUGUAAAAUAACCCCCAGGGUUGGAGCGUAAGCCUGUGAUAAUGUAAAAAACUAGAAAUUCUGAAAGAAAUGAAUGUAGAAAUGUUUAGAAAUUUGUUUAGAAAGGCACUUAAACGCUCAGAUCCAAUAAAGAUAUAAAUAAAAAUAGAAUUUUCAUUUAACAUAAAUAGAUAGUAAGUGGAUAUUUACAAUAUAAUCAUAAAUUGUAAAAAACAAUUCAUAUUAAAGUAGAUAAAUUAGGUGUUUUCAUAUACAUCAAAAUAUACAUUAAAAUGAUAACUGAAUUAUAAUAAAGGUUUUUUUCAAAAUGGUAGUGUUUUCAGGUUUGUUGCCAAAGUUAUUUUGAAACCUGCCCUGAUUUUUUUUUAAGUUAGAUCAAAUUUUAACAUUCUAAAAUGCUUGGUGGUUUGUUCAUAGACAAAUUCCACCAAAUUUUAUGGUUAUUUUAUAGCAACAAGCUAAAAGUCUUUCUUUGUGAUAUAAAUACGUAAUAUAGUAAAAAUAAAUGCACAAUUAUGGACAAUACUAAAUUACGGAGGUCCAUUUGCUAGUUAGUUCCACGUCCAUGUUUGCUAGAAAUUAGAUUUUUGUACAAUAACUGUGUAUUAAUAAAUGUUGCUUGUAUGUAAAAAAUAUUUUUUUCUAAAAUGAGACAUAAUUUUCUUUAUAGUUUUUACUAAGUUUUUUGCACCUGUUACACUAUUUCUUUUUAUGGUUAUUUUAAAUUUAAUUCUAAAUCCAU